AUGGCUAUUAACGACGAGCUUGUAUACGAAGUUAAUGAGAAGGGCGAGAAUGUUCUCGUUCAAUCAAUAAAUUCAGAUCACCAAGCGUAUCUUCGCUUUACAAAUCGAACAACGCGCGCGGUGGACGUGUGGUGGCGUGAUUUUGCUGGGAAGAAACGGUUUUACGAGCGGAUGGAGCCGGGCGCGUUCUACGAUAUCAACUCGUACCUAACGCAUCCUUGGGAGUUCACUGACGCAACGACCGGGGAAAGCUACGUGAUCAACAAUAAGAUUGUAUUCAGGGCACCGGAGCGCGCGGGCGACCUCCGGUACAGGACGAACUGGAACAUCACUGUGCCCGUGCGGACCUUGAAGAGCACGGCCAUGCAGACCCUGGCGUCACUGCUGCCUAACCCACACGCAGCCUCCGAGCUUGAUCUGCCCAAUGUACUGUCCCGCGAGCUGGCAGAGGUGGUGAUCAAAAUGCGCCGGCCUCCUACGGUGGAGGAUCAAGCGGAGAACACAUGGUGA